UUUUAUCCAAUUAUAUUAUAUUGUACAAUGGUUCUGGUGCAUUAUUUUUGCCUAUAUAUAUACCGGACGAAAUGGAAACAAACAUACAGAAAACAAAAACACAUAGACACCUAAAAAAAAUGGAGAAUAAUAAAGCGAAGAACAUUGAACAAGCUCAAGAGAGUUGUUAUCAAGAGUGGAUGGGUUUACAAUCCAGACGCAUCCCUGAGAUAAAACAAGCCUUGUCUCAACGACGGUCUCACGAUGGCGCCGCCGAGGCUAACGCCGACGACAAACUCCGUGAUUUAACAAAAAUGAUCAUCGGAGAUUUCAGAUACUACGCCGAGAAACGAGCUAAUCUUUCUCACCGAUGUAGCUCGAACUAUUAUGCGCCGUCGUGGAACACUCCGCUAGAGAACGCUCUGAUUUGGAUGGGUGGUUGUAGACCUUCUUCUUUCUUUAGGCUCGUUUAUGCUUUGUGUGGCUCCCAAACCGAGUUCCGUGUCACCCAGUUUCUCCGCAACAUCGACGGUUACGAUUAUUCUGAUGGCAGUGGCGCAUCACUUAGCGAUCUAACGGCGGAGCAACUAGCGAAGAUCAACGUGUUGCAUGUGAAAGUCAUAGAUGACGAAGAGAAGAUGACCAAGAAAGUCUCGAGCCUGCAAGAGGAUGCGGCGGAUAUUCCCAUCGCCACCGCGGCUUACGCGGAGGAGCAUGUCGGAGAACCUAACGCGGCGGUAGAUCAAGCUCUCGACAAGCAAGAAGAAGCUCUGGCCAGUUUAUUGGCCGAGGCCGAUAAUCUGAGGGUAGAUACUUUAGCCAAGAUCAUCGAGAUUCUGACGCCGGUACAAGCGGCGGAUUUCAUGCUCGCGGGGAAAAAGCUUCAUCUUUCCAUGCAUGAGUGGGGAACAAUGAGAGAUCGCCGCCGUCGUGAAUGUAUAAUAAAUGAUGCCGGAGAUGAUGCCGGAGGAGAGGGGGGGAAGUGAGUCGAUAUAAUAGUAGAGAGAGAGAUGAUAUCAUAGGCCGUCUUCGUAUUUCCUUCGGCCUCCUCCUCUAAUCGUUGAUAGCCGGUUUCGAAUGAUUAGAUCAAUCUUCUUGCUCACCAGAGCUUCCGGAGUUGGUGGCUCACCAUGGCGUCUUUCAUUUCUCUCACACCAAAUCGUGUAGACCGCUGCUUUUGGAAUGUAUAUCGCAGAAGAAAAGCUUUUUGUUUGAGUGGCCGUUGGAUGAAUAACUUUGUCGAGCACCUCAGUCCAUCUUGUCGUAAACUCUGAACCCAUGAUCCCACUUACAAGUGUAUUCCAUAUAUUCAAAGAAAAGGUGUUCUCGACUCUCAACUGGUUUAUUACAGAAAGAGCAUGCCAUCUUGACAGCAAUA